GUUUACCUCGGCCACAGCUCCCGCGCAGCGAUGUGCGAGGUGGGCGAGGACUACGCUGGUCCGGCGCCGGGGGAGCCUCCGUCCACCCCAAGACCUGGUCGUGAGCAGAAGUGCGUGAAGUGCAAGGAAGGCCCGCCAGUGGUGGUCAUCCGAGCGGGAGAUGCCUUCUGCAGGGAUUGCUUCAAGGCCCUCUAUGUGCACAAAUUCAGAGCCAUGCUGGGAAAGAACCGCCUCAUCUUUCCUGGAGAGAAGGUGCUCUUGGCAUGGUCUGGGGGUCCUUCAUCCAGCUCCAUGGUCUGGCAAGUCCUUGAGGGCCUGAGUCAGGAUUCUGCCAAAAAACUGCGCUUUGUGCCUGGAGUCAUCUUUGUUGAUGAGGGAGCAGCCUGCGGCCAAAGCCCAGAGGACAGAGCCAAGACCCUCGCUGAGGUGAAGCUGAUCCUUCAAACUGUUGGCUUCCCAUGGCAUGUGGUUGCCUUAGAGGAGGUAUUCAACCUGACACCAUCAGUGCUGCGCUGCUCUGCCCGGGAGUCAUCCGGGGCCAAGGGGGCCUACAAGGCGGCCGUGGACAGCUUCCUGCAGCAGCAGCACAAUCUAGGGGCUGACAGCAACAUCAGCCCAGCUCAAGGAGAGGAGCAGCUGGACCUGCCCCAAACUCAGGCUCCUCUGGGCCCAGCUGAGUUCCCCACAGCCUCCCAGACGGAGGCCCUAUCCAGAUUAUUUGACUCCGCAAAGACGCUGACUGCCAAGGAGGAGCUUUUGCAGACCCUGCGGACCCACCUGAUUCUGCACGUGGCCCGAAUUCAUGGCUACUCCAAGGUGAUGACCGGGGACAGCUGCACCCGCCUAGCCAUCAAGCUCAUGACCAACCUGGCCCUGGGGAGAGGGGCCUUCCUCGCCUGGGAUACGGGCUUCUCAGAUGAGCGGCAUGGGGAUGUGGUGAUAGUACGGCCCAUGAGGGACCACACACUGAAGGAGGUGGCCUUCUACAACCGCCUGUUUGCUGUCCCUUCAGUCUUCACGCCAGCUGUUGACACCAAGGCCCCUGAAAAGGCCAGCAUCCACCGGCUGAUGGAGGCCUUCAUCCUCAGGCUGCAGACCCAGUUCCCCUCCACAGUCAGCACUGUGUACAGGACAAGUGAGAAGCUGGUCAAAGCCCCCAGGGAGGGCUGUGCCGCUAGCCUCUCAGGUCCCCACUGCCUCCUCUGCAUGUGUGCGCUGGACAUCGACACCAAUGACAGUGCCACAGCCUUUGGGGCUCAGACCUCCUUGCGUCUCUCACAGACGUCACAGACUGAGGCUGGGAUGGCCAUCCCGUCUUGCUGCACUGCAGACAAGGGCCAGGACCAGAGCUGCUGCAGGGUAGCUUGUAGGAGAGAGGACCCCUCUGCCUCUGUCAGCGAGCAGUUGUGCUAUGGCUGCCGGGUGACCAUGAAGGACCUGCCCUCCCCGGACACACUGCCCCCCUACAUCCUGGCCGAGGCCCAGCUCCGCAGCCAGAGGGCCUGGGUCAUGCAGGAGAUUCAGGAGUACCUGAUCGAGGACAGUGACAAUGAGGCAGACACUGCGCAGAGCUGAACCUCAAGGGUACACCAGGCAGUGUGACAGAGCUGUGACGGCAAGGAUGAGACAAGCCUAUGGCUGUCCAUUUGUAUAAAU